CGUUCACUCCAAAUCCAGCCGUCAACUAAGGAACUACAGAUUAGUGGAGUGUUUUUCAGUGUUUUUUGGUUAGACGUGAAAUACAUAGUGGGAAAAAUGAGACUCAGAACGAGUCUAGAUAAAACAUCUCGGAACGACUUACACCUUAUCUUAUUCCUCUUUGGAAUUUCGAGACUGAUACCUGAUACAAAUUGUGCACAAAUUCGUCAGCAACGAGAAUUAAGUACAACACAAGAAGCUAAAGGACAAGGUGAACAAAUCCAAGAUGACAAUGAGCGACGACUUCAACCCGGAAAUAGCUUUCACUUGGAAUCACUUUCUUCCAGUGAUAUGACCGCUUGGUGCAAAGACUUGGAGGAAUCUGAGCAUAUCGACGUCCAUAACGAGAAGCUUUGCAAACCUUACUCUCAACAUAGUCUCGACCAGCCACCCCAAGUUUCCAUGUCUUUCUAUCCGUCUUCCUGCUCCCUCCCGGAACCCGAAACGCCCCCAGAUUUCGAGCACGACAGCAACCUCCUCAACGAAAUAACGUCCGACCUCGUCCCAGAGAAAUAUCCUUCGUCUCAAGCCACUCUCAUCCUCAGCAAUUCAAAGUUGAGCAAAAGUUCCGUUGCCUUGGUUACCCUCUCCGAUCUGGCCUCGCUACGUGGCGUAUUUCCACAUAAUGACACCACCACACCCAUCAUCCUAUCCGCCAUCCAUGCCCGAUUUGGUCCUCCAUCGUAUUCCUCCAUUUUCGAGGUCAUUCCGCGCACCCUCGUCCACCCCACGAGCCACCAAGUUUUCUACGAGUUGCCAGAAUUCUCAGGAAACCGAGGCCCCAAAGCCAACAUUCUCUCCACCUUUUACACCAGGAAGUUGACCGAUCAGCUCACCUUUGCCAAAUUGUUGUUCACCAUUCCUCACUCGGCCUUUAAAAACAAGGAAAGCGACCAGUUUGACUCCCUCCUCAAUCACGCCGUGCCCUUUCUCGCCCAUAAUGUUGCUCAUUACACGGGAAAAAUGGGCCUCGUUGUGACCGACGUGACAACGGAAAGGGGACAAAGUGACGAAAUUAUUUUGCAAGACAUCAGCUCCACCAUGUUGACGCACAUGCAAUCCUUACUGCAAGGACUCUCCUUCAAUUAUCUCACCUCCGAGGACAGACUCCUGAUCGAAGAGAAAGCAAAAUUCAUCGAAAAUCUGCACCACGAGGGCGGCUCUUACAUUUCGCUGCUCCUGUCACCCGAGAAAUGUGGAAGUUUGGACAAAGAUGCAAAAAUUGUGAAGGCAAAACAAGACAUCGACACCCUCCUAAAACAAUUAGGUGACGCCGAUGUAUCCGAUAAAAGCACCAGUUUCGCCUACAAUGUCAGCCUUUCCACGGCGGAGCAAGUGCACGAAAUGGGAGUCCAAGCCAACGCCAAGAUUACGGAAGAAUUUGCCUCCUACGUGACCACGCUGAGGAGACUUGGUCAACUGCGGGACCACCCGAACACUUCCAUCGAUGGAAUUUUGGUCAAUUUAUACCGUGAGUAUUACCCACUGGAAACGAUUCUCAUCCAAUUGAACAACGAGGACGAACACGCCACGACCGAGAGAAUAAUUUCAGACGUUUCUCGGUGGAGUAAUUUCCCAGGUUUUGAGGUGGAUCUGCCCGCAACGAGAAACAUUUUGAGGGUGUCGUCCUUCCUCGAUUUUCUAAUUUUAAUCGGGAGGGAAAUUCCAUCCGUUGGACAAGUGGAGAGAAAGUGGAGCGAGUGGAUCGAACCCAUCCGGUCGUAUGACAAAGGGGAACUCAAAACACGAAUGGACUGGUACAAACUGCUCUCCGACCUUUCACAAAGUCUGGACAGUUAUUAUUUCCAUGCGAGAAAACCUGUCGGAAAUGAUGACGAAAACCCAGAACCCGAAGGGAUGAAAGCGUUUGACCUCGCGUAUCCUUAUUUCCACAACGAGAGUUACCUCGGUCCAGCCGAGGUCCAAAAAAUCCUUGACUCAAAAUCUUUAACCGCUUUUGAUCGAAAUUGGUUAAAGAAACUGGUCCAUUCCGCCUGGCCGAAGCCAAAGAUUAUCUGCAACGAAGAUCAAGACGGGCUUAUCGUGCGAGGAAAUUAUAUCAAAGUGACCGACUUCACCGACGUGAACAGCACCUCCGUCAAGAAUCCUUGCUCCAAGAAACUCAAAUCAAUUUCUAUCCUCGCCACGCGCAAAUUCUUUAUCGACUCGGAUCUCACAAUUUUGGGGGUCAAACAGGUCUCAAUCAUCGCUCCGAUUUGGGACAUGCAUUUGACUCGGGAUGACCAAAUCGUGUCAGGAUUCCAUUUCAAGUUUGAUGGGGAAGACGGGAUUCCUUGGCCAGCGAAGGUGAAUCGACCCUCAACUUCAAUACUGUUUGGCUUCAAGGGAGAGGAUGGUUAUGCUGGAAGGCCAGGUAACCCGGGAGCCUAUUUUGUCGGCGUUGUGGGACACUGGGAACAAUCCGGCGGUGAACAUGUCAGUCCAGUUCCUCUCUACAUUUCUGUCAACGGAGGCAACGGAUCACACGGACAGCAAGGCGAGAAAGGAGGCGAAGGCAAGAAGGGGGACGAUGCGACUGACAAAACACUUCAGGAUGUGGAGAAAGCUUCCAUCGUCGCGAGCCAUUGUUGGGACAACAAUCACAACGUUCCCUCGUGCACGAAUAGAGGAACUUUGGGACACGAUGGAACGAAGGGCGGAAAUGGUGGGAACGGUGGCGUAGGUGGCAAAGGAGGAUUUCCGGGUGAUGUAGUAAUUCACACAGUUUCACGCUCACCAAAAGACCCAGAAGUCAUCGUUUCGAUGGAACAAGGUUCCACUGGGGAUCCCGGUUGGGCAGGCGAAGCCGGUCUGGGUGGACUUCAAGGGGACCGCGUCGAGUGUGAGAAUGACGGGAGGAGUUGGGUGAACUGUGUAAACUACGGAGUCUACACGCGACAACCCGACGGUUCCAAGGGGACGUGGAACGUAUCAACCACGAACCAACAAGAACCAGCCCAUGCUGAACAAAUCAUCGAAGGCUACAGGCUUUUAGGCGAUUGGAAAGCAGAUGCCUUUCUCCAACUGCCCGAACCAGACAUUGACAUCAACUGUGACCUCUUGACGGAUUGGUUUUACCGCAGUGGGAAAGCAUAUGCUUAUGAGUUGGUUGGAUAUCAGAAAAAGAUACUGAAUUUGCAAGACAAUACUGAAAACCAAAACGCCCGAAUUGAAUCCGUCCUCACCUCGUUUUCCUCUCGACUUGAAGCCUUUGCAAAUUACACCAGUACCAAAAACGCCUCAAAUCCCACGUGGGUCAAGGAAGAAAAGAAAGUCCUCGCGACCCUGUACUCCUCCACGCUCUCCACUAUUUCUCGUCUCCGUGAAACUGACUCCUCCGCCGACAUGGUGUUCGACCUGGCCCGAUACGCCGGCGUCAUCACGACCACGCUCAACGAACUCAAGGACCUCGAGGAGAAAAAAGUUGUGGAGAAGAGUCGAGCCGCGAUGAGUUCGACCUUCAAACAAAAGAUCUCCCAAGCCCUCUCCUUCAUUUCGGAUACCGUUGGACCAGCUUUGCUCUCCGUGCGGACCGAGCUCAAACACAACACCGACUUUCUCCUCAGUUCCAUCAUCAACGCGGAAGAGGACGCGAAAGACGAGGUGGAAAAGGCCAAGAAACGACUCCAAAAAAUGAAGGAUUUGAUGCCUUUCCGCUAUCUUUUGACCGGAUUAGAAUUCACUGGACAAGUUGCGUCCUUCUUCGGAGCGCAGGGCGCCUUGGCGGGAUCAGCAAUCGGAACUUUCACCGCUUUCUCGAAAGAAUUCAGUGGAGCGGAAAACGCCGACUCGUCCGUCCGACCCCUAUUAAACGUGCCCACCGAAGCGCUCGACUUUCUCACACAGACGGAAACCUACACGAAAGAAACGUAUGACAAAGAAAAGGAAAAGUUUGACAAAAUGACGGAACAGGCGGACAAAGCUAUAAAAGAAAGUGGCGAUUUAGUCGACGACUUGCAAGACCUGCCCCAAAAAAUUGAAGAAAUUAAGAAAAAGGCGGCCGACAUGGACAAAAACAGUCCCUUGGAUUUCUCCGUCUUUAAAAACACCUACUCAAAACGAGCCGAAGAGUUGCAAGAGCUCAUGAAAACCAAAACCAAACGACUCGACCAACUCCUCAAAGACCAGGAAGCCAAACCCCUCUCCGAACCAGAUAAGAAAAAGUUGGAUGCAAACCUGAAAUCCUUGAACAGAGUGAAGAAUGGUUUCAACCUGAUAACCGGAUUUGGGCUCGAUAACUAUAACAAGUUGGCGAACGAGUACAAAAACCUGGAUGAGUUGGGCAGCGAAGUGGAAAAGGCGCAAGGGGCCGUCGAAAAUCUAAAAGCGUUCGAAUCCUCCAUCAACAGAAACAUGAUUCCCAUCAUGGCGAAAAUGAAUGACGAAAUGGCCCAACUCUACCACAAUUUGGAGCAUGAUAAGGACAAAUCUCAAGUUUCUCUGCGCGUCACGCAGUGGAAAGUGCAAGGAAGUUUGCGCGAUUAUAAGAAUCUCAUCAAGCGAUUCACCAAAGGUCAAGCCGUGGAGGAAAGCAUUCUCACCUGCGUGGACAAACUCGACCAGGCCAUGACCUUGCUCAUCGACUUGUACGAUUUUAUCGAAAAGUAUGAAGACCAAAGUAAAUUAGUGGAUUAUAUCGCAGCCGUAAAUUCGAAGGAUGUCCUCACUGUGGGCAUUACCGACUUGGAGACUGCUUCUUGGAUCAACUUGGUCACCCAAGCGAGCAAAUCCAACCUGCUAAUCGAGCAGUAUGAUAAGUUCAUGACCUCAUUUAAACAAUGGGUCUUCCCCUUUGCGAACAAAUACUUGGCCAAGUUCACCCUCCCGGACAGUUUGCAAUUGACGGAUAAGAAUUCCAGCUUUCUCGUGUCGAAAUUAAAUGAAAAAAUCUCCACUUUGAAACAAGACUUGGACACGUACCAGAGCUCCAUUGUGAAAGAAGACACAAACCUCAUUACACUAGAAUUUGACCCCAAGUUUACUUCGGGAUAUGCCUUUUACGUUUGGGAAAAUGAGAGGUGGAACGCCGCGAUACGAAGUUUGCUCAAAGGCGCACCCAUCACAUUGACCGCGAACAGCGAAUACGGGGUCAAGAAAGGGUUUGCCGCUGUAAAGUUUGUCAUUGCGGAGAUCAGCUUGAGAUCCAAGGUAAAAAGAGAGCAGGGAAAACUGGACGACUUGUUGAAGCACUUCAAAGUAGAAAUGGUCCACUCGGGAGUUUCGAGGUAUCAAUUUGGGGGAGAGAGCUAUCAAAUUCCGGGACCGAAUAUAACGAUAGCCUACCAUUUCGAGAGAGAUCCCGACACUCACUUGCGACUGGGGAGGAACGAGGUUUACAAAAAGUUUGCGGCGGGUGACUCCAUCAUGAGCCCGUACACUUUGUGGACCUUUCAACUCUUUUUGGCCAGUGACACCGCGUCCUUCUCGGAUCUGGAGGUGUAUGCAGACUACGUGGAUUUGGAGUUGGUCGGAAGUGGGGUUUACGUCGAUGAGGCGAAUUAUCUGAGCAAAGGGGGCGUAAUUGGGGAUUUGCAUCUGGAGAAAUAUUAUGCAAGGGAGUACGCUAGUACUCCGUCGAAGUAGUAAAGAUGCGUAUGUAAAUUUAUGUAGACAUGUAUGUCCAAAUGUCGACUUUAAGCAUUUUUAUUUUAUUGAUUAAGUAAAUUACGUUAAAUUAUUUAAUAACUACGUGUUCAUGUAGUCUUGGUUGAAUUUAUUUUAUUUAUGAUUAUGACUCUUAUUCUUAAAAUUUACAGAAUAAAUAUAUUUUAUCGUACCGUUAUUGGAAUUAUUUGUGUGAUAUAAUAAAGUUUUUAAUAAAAGUAUUAUACAUUAAUAAGA